AUGCAGCCGCUGUCUAUGGCUGCAUAUUUGCGCCGCUUGAGAUGCUCUGCCGCAUCGGCAGCAGCGCCAGCCCUAGAAGAGGUCCCUGGAAGAUGGGACGGCGCGAGGGUAUCCACGCACGUGGCGUCCCAGACGAGUGGUCGACCCAGCCUCCAGGGAACCAGCGUCAUGCCAUCUGGUCUCUUCCCGUCGUCACGCGCUAGCCCCGUCGGCAGAGACGAAGGCCCGGCGCAGUAUGUCAUUAAGACUGGCGUGGCGUGCCAUGCGGCCGGCGCUCUUGGUGCAAGAGAGGCCUUUUUCAACAGUGUUUGGAGUUAUUUAUUCACCGUGGAUCCGGAAGCGAGCGAAGUGGCGGGCGGCGAAAGCUGGCGCGGCGUCGCCCGCUCGCCGUCCCGAGAGUCUGUCACUACGGACUUAUCGCUGUUCAGCGUGUCCAGCGCGGCCAGCGACGCGAGGGCUCUGAGACUACUGGCAUGCAAGGCCGGUCAGGGUCCGGAUCCGAACUUGCGAGUGGCCAGCCCACAUCCCGAAAGCAAGUUACUAAAACGGCCGUCAUCAGGGCUGCCCCUGCAGACGGCGGACGCGUGCAAGUCCCUGCUGGCGGGCUGCGCGGCCCUGUGCGCCGCUCUAGGGCUCCGGCGCUCGCUCAGCGCCGAUGACGUCACCGCCGACAAGCCGCGCCCGCCGCGCAGCGCCACGUCAGAGUUGGGGCUGUGCGCGGCGCUGGAGGCCCUCACGCUGAGCUCUGCCUCCCGUUCCUGCAGCACCUGGGUCGCAGUGGGCGGGUCGCAGCUGCCGUCUCCUCAGCGCGCGAGUGUCCAACCCGCACAGCGACUACUCUCCGAUAACAAAAAGAUUCGUCAGAGCUACAUAAAGCGGCGGCUGCUGACCACAUACAAGGCCUUGGAGAGAAUGUCGCAAUCGGAGUUCAAUUUGGAUAAACUGGAGGCGGCGGCGGUGGCGUCGGCGCUCGCGGCGGAGAGUGGUGCGGGGCCCACCGUGCACGUGCCCGCCGUGCACGUGCACGCCGCGCCCACCGUGCACACACGCUUCGUGCACCCAGAGGCUUGCGCCCUCGCGCUGACGGCGGCCGACCUGGAGCGCGAGCGCGGCCGCCCUCUCAGCAAGUACGAGAGGAACAUGAUGAUAUUCAACUGGCUGCACACCCUAGACGACCAGGCACCUUUCUAG